ACCUGUCCCUGUCAAACAGUGUCAAAAAAACUUUUUUGACAACCCGGGACGCCAAAUUUCCAGUGUGCUAAGUUAAAAUUGAUAAAUUUAUAAAAAAAAUAUUUCAUUAUUCAAAUUUAUCGUGAAUACAGAUCAAGAUAACCCACCUCCACCUGUAGAAGAACCUGGCCAAGCUAUGGACAAACCCCCAGAACCUAAACCCAACCUAAUAGACAAGCUUGUAAUAAUUUUUGCCGAAUCGACACAUAGCCCUCGAUUCACAUUGCCGGCAUUCAUGAAAGCUCCACCGAAUGAGUUGUACCGACGAUUGCUACCAGCAAUGCUCUUUGUUUUGACAUUUGUGACUGUCAUGACGAUGCUCUUAAUUUACAUGGACACAGUUGCAUUGGGAGCCCAACAGUUCCGCUUAAACAUGACCCGUGACUAUGAGCUGGCUCGUAUAGGUCAGGGCUCGGCAGCAUUGAUCGCCUAUGUCAGACAACUACAUUUGACUGCUCGUUCGAAACCUCAAGAUGUUGUUACCACACCUACAGAACAGGUGAAGGUUUUGGAUUCCAUUUUUGGAGAGGAAUUGUACAAUGGCACAUUUGUGGAGUGGAUGGCUUCUGGUGGACGAUGGCAAAGCACCAGCUAUCUGGAAUCAGCACGGGGCUGGUCAGGACUGGUGGCCAGGGCGGCACCUCAGGACUAUUUCGCACUCCGAGCUGCGAGGACUCUGCACGCCUGUCUGAGCCCGAACCAACACCCCAGGGAGAUAAGUUACGAGGAGGAAGGGUUCUGGACCCGCGUGCUGUGCCUGCCGCUGUACACGGUGCUGGCGGCCGCCGAGCUGAGCGCGUGCCGCUACGUGGUGCUGGACGCGCCGCCCGCCCUGCGCGUGCUGCCCUUCCGCAGCCUGCAGCUACAGGUACUGGAAGUGAUACAAUCAGACCCUGAAAUACGCAAUCAAACAACAGAUUUUCUCCUGUCAAAGAAUUACACAGUUGCAGCUACCUUCAAGGAUAGCAUUAUGUACUCUUUAAAGACAAAUUAAUAGGGCGGACUCAGGACCAUCUUGGGUGACCUGUUCACAAACCAUUAAGUUAUUCCCGAAUGAUGGAGUGAGUAUACACGUUUGGCUUACAUACAGCAUCCUCAUCUAAAGAAGUAAGUUAAGAAAUAAAAAAAAAACUAUUCCUAAAAAUAUUAAUAUUUUACACCAUCUAGUUUCAUUGUUUUGUAGCAACGUUGCAUUUUCACUGUACAUGCAUUUUCAUUGUACAGAUUGCAGCUUCAACGUAUUGAAAUUUAAAAUCAAUAUUUUGCAUUUAGUUUCAUUCUUAAAAAAAUAAUGUUAUGAACAUACCGUUUGUACUCAUAUUAGUCUAUCAACUAAAUAUUAAAUAAAUAUUAAAAUAUUUAUUGUUGUACAAAGAUGAUUGUUUGAAAAAUGAAAUAAUAAUAUUUGAUUUGUCCACUCACUGUAUCUGUUAUAGAUUAUUUCUACAAUAGAUUAAUUACUGAUGGUCUGAUUAGUGUAACUGUGAUUUUUAUAUUACUACUUCAAUUAAAACAUCAAAAAUAAGAAGUUCUCAAUUCGGGUCAUGUUUUUUUUAUGGAUAUUUAAAUUAAAGCUUUAAUCUUUUUAAAUUAGCUAAUGAUUAUAACGUUUCACAAUUUAACAAUAUCUCAUUUUUAAUUCUUAAAUUUGAUUCUAAUUAUUGAAUGUAAUAGUAAUUUUAAUAAUUAAAUUAAUUAGUUAAACAUAAUUACUUAAAAUGCUAAUUCACAAUCAAAAGACUUGUGUGUUUGAAAUAUUGAAUUUAAUGUAAAUUAUUUCCUUAUGAAAGUGCCUUAAAAGUAAUAUGAUUAAAAUACAAUAGAUAAUUAAGCUAAUUAUUACCAUUUCUCAAAAGUUCUUAAAACAGGAGAAUUACAUUAUACAGGGUGCUUUUUUCGACAAUCCAUAGAUCUGUUUGUCUGAUCCCCUGGUGAGGGGAAUCCAUUUACAUUUAGUUUUUAUUAAUGAUAUAGAGGGCAGAAGUAUAAAGAGCACCAUCUUGUAUAGGGGAGAAGUUAAAAAGUGUUCACUUGUAAACAAGUUAUUGUUGGAAGAUUCAAUGAAAUAGCACUAGUGUAGGAAGUGGAAAUGAUAUGAAUAUAGCAGUUUUUGAACAGAGUGAAGUGUCGUAGGUUAUGGCGUUGUUUUUAACAUCUCUCCACUUGCUGCUAUGGCUUCCUUUCAAUGGACACUUUUUAAUAUACAAAGAUGAUGCUCCUUACUCCUACCCUCCAUAAUUAAUGAAUAUACUUUUAGUACUCCUUGAAGCAGCUUAAACACGGUGUAAUAACUGUAAUAACUGUUCGUUUACUUGUCUAGGGGAGUAUGUGUCUCUCUCUCUCUCUCUCUCUGUCUCUUUGUGUCAUAUUGAAUGUUUAAUGAAGGCAAUUAAGCAAGUGUUGUAGUUAUUGUAAACAAUCACUAGUUCCCUCCUUUUCUGUAGUUGAUGUGAAAGGGAUGCACCGCUUGUCACCGCGUGCUCUACGGAUACUUGUGAGCUUCUAGUGUUAGCCGCGUGACGUCACACGAAAUUUUAAAUGUUCUUAUUUUAAGUAUCUUAUAAUCUUAUGAGAUGAUUAAUGUUUGUGAAAAGAAAAACGAUUAAUAUUUUAAGAUUAUUUUAAUUUAAUUUUAUUAAUCAUUCCAAUUACUAUUAUUAUUAUUAUUAAUUCCAUUAUAUUAUUUUUAAUUAAGUUAUUAAUAAGACUGAACUGAUCUGAUAUUAUUUGAAUGGUAAAAAAAAACAGUAAUUAUUUGGUUUUUCAAAAUAAAGCAUAUAUGUUUAUGUUUAGUGUCGGCAAUUCGGUAGCGAUGCAUUGACAUCUUUAUUGCCAUGGCUGAUGGUCCCUAAACCGUCCGCGCCCGCGCCCCCCGCACAGUUCGGUAGUUAGCGCUCCUGACACACAGUCCGGGUCGUGGCUUCGAUUCCCACAUCCUACAAACGUUCGUGUGAUGAACAGAUUUGUUUGCUCUUUGUCUGGGUGUUUAUAAAAGAUGAAAAAAUAAACACGCGAAUACAUAUGAAAGUAGAUUUUCUAAUAGGUUGUUCGGAAAGUAAUUUCGUUUUUUUUGUAAAAAUGAACCCAUACAUUGAGCUUAGAGGAUAAUCCCAGGCCUUUCAUAAAUUUAACCUCAGUUCGAUCUAACGUGCUGUUAUUCGCCAGUUCGCAUCAACUAAUACCUUUAUCGCGUCUUUAUCAGCUUCAACCGGCCUUCCCGAACGUGGUACAUCUUCGACAUCAAAAUGUCCGGAUCGAAACUUAAGCGAACCAGUUCUGGCACUGGCGUACUGCCAACACACCUUCUCAUACACAUCGGUCAAUUUCUUACUGGCUUGAACAGCAUUUUUACCCUUUCUGUAGUAAAACAGUAAGAUAUGUCGAAAAUGCUGCUUAUUGCUCUCCAUAUUUAAAAAGGCACCUACCAACCAAAAACUACUGCGUAAAAUUAAUUGGAAUUUUUCACACACAAGCCUUGCUAUAUGAGCUCUCAAAGCAUAUAAAAAUUUUACGGCUUAAAUGUGAAGUUGGGUGCAAAAAAAUGCAAUUAAAUCCUCUGUCGGGAAAAAACGAAAUUACUUUUCGAACAACCCAAUACGUUUAAUGCCGAGUGUGCAGAUUGAAUCAAAAAAAAAAAAACGCGGCAAGUGCAGCAGAAUACGCGCAGACCGGGAAUUGCAAAGCGCGGGCGGCUCAGGUUAACUUGGUUAUUAAGUGAAUGUCAAUUUCAGUAUUAGCACUAAUACGAUAUUAAUUUUUUAAUUUUGUCGAACGUCUCGACCGUUCCGCUACUUGUAAGUAAGUGUACUAUCGUGUAGCUUUAGUUUUGUAAGCGCUCAAUUUUACCAAUAAAAUUAUUGCUUUAAA